AUGGCAAGCAUUUCGGACCUCCUCAAAGCGCGAUAUGGCUGCGACGAGACUCAUGGUUCCGGUGCAGCCAACCCGACUCUGGAAACUCUUCUCCAACAUAAGUCAGUGCGGAACUUUAUCCCUCAAGCGUUGGAGCCGGGAACACUUGAGAUUCUAGUAGCUGCGGGCCAAAGUGCAGCAACCUCGUCCAAUUUGCAGACAUGGAGCGUGCUGUCUGUAGAGGACCCUUCACGAAAGGACAAGGCCGCAUUCUUGUGCGGUGAUCAGAACUUCAUUCGCCAAGCUCCGCUGUUCCUUGUCUUCUGCGCCGAUCUGAGCCGCCUUACAAGAGUAUCCCAACAGCGUCAAACCGCCGGCGUGGGCCUGGAAUAUACUGAAAUGUUUUUGAUGGCGUCGAUCGAUGCCUCCCUAGCCGCGCAGAAUGUGUCGAUUGCGGCCGAGUCUCUGGGCUUGGGUAUUUGUUAUGUGGGCGCUCUGCGCAAUAAUCCGCGGGAAGUCGCUGAGUUGUUUCACUUCCCGGAUCGUGUCAUUGGCCUCUUUGGACUCGCAAUUGGUCGGCCUGAUCCAGCUGAUACCGCUUCUGUCAAGCCUCGGCUGGGUUUGGGCGAGGUGCUGCACAGAGAAACCUGGGUCGACGAUUCCGGGAAACAGGCGAAUAACUUCAAAUCAUACGAUAAUGCUCUUGCAAGCUUCAAUUCUGGACAGAAGCGUGAGGGUAUACCGUCUUGGACGGAGCGCUGUGCCCGGAGAGUUGCAACAGUAGAAUCUCUGAGCGGCCGCCAUAUCUGGAAUCAAGUCUUACAAGAACGUGGGUUCGAUCUCAAGUGA